AUGGAUUGCAUAAAGAAGGUUGAUAGAUCUGCUUUCGUUGCCUUUUCUCCGGAAGCUCCGUUCAUGGCAGCCGGAACCAUGGCCGGAGCCGUGGAUUUGUCGUUUAGUUCAUCCGCCAACCUAGAAAUCUUCGAACUCGAUUUUAAGUCCAACGAUCGUGAUAUGUUACUUGUAGGUCACUGCUCAAGCUCCGAGCGGUUUAAUCGACUCGCUUGGGGAAGUUAUGGUCUCAUAGCCGGUGGCCUUGUCGACGGAAACAUCGGUUUAUGGAAUCCAAACCGUUGUGAGUCUGGUGAGAUUGAGCAUGUUAGACAUCUUUCAAAACACAAUGGACCUGUUCGUGGUCUUGAGUUUAAUGUUAAGUCCCCAAAUCAACUUGCUUCGGGGGCUGAUGAUGGUACAGUUUGCGUUUGGGAUUUAACAAAUCCUUCAAAGCCUUCUCAUUUUCUUAAGGGUGCUGGUUCUUCUGUGCAAGAUGAAAUAUCUUCGAUAUCGUGGAAUAAAGAGUUUCAACAUGUUUUAGCAUCUACUUCAUAUAACGGGACAACUGUGAUAUGGGAUGUGAACAACGAGAAGGUUAUAACAGGUUUCAGAAACUCUGCAUCAUUCGACAUAUUUAAAGGUCCACCUCGAUGCUCAGUUUUGCAAUGGGAUCCUGAUAAUUGUAAUCAGAUCAUGGUUGCAUCAGAUGAAGACAAAUCACCAAAUGUGAAACUUUUGGACAUAAGGUAUCUACAAUCACCUGUUCGCACAUUCGCUGGCCAUGACAGAGGUGUGAUUGCAAUGGAGUGGUGUCCAAGUGACAGUACGUAUCUACUUACUUGUGCUAAAGACAACCGAACUAUUUGCUGGAACACAAAGACAGGAAAGAUUGUGGCUGAGCUACCUAAUGGUAAAAAUUGGAAUUUUGACGUUCAUUGGUAUCCAAAGAUACCUGGAGUUAUUUCAGCAUCUUCAGUUGAUGGAAAAAUUGGCAUAUAUAACCUUGAGCGUUGCAGCAGCUAUGUUACUGAAGUGGAUAAUAUAGAUUCUGCUUCUUUAAUAGCACCAAAAUGGUACAAACGCCCGGUUGGAGCAUCUUUUGGAUUUGGAGGGAAGUUAGUUUCAUUUAACAACAAUCAGCCUGAAGCAUCUGAGUUCAUUGACUCUUCUGUCAUGAGUCCGGUUAUUCUCCAUAGUGUCAAAACAGAACAAAGUUUGGUGAAUCAAAUUUCUUGAUUUGAAGCUGCAAUAGGAAAUGGAGAGAAGAGUUCACUUAGGGGUUUCUGUGAGAAGAAAACAGAAGAGACAAAAUCCGAGGAAGAGAAGGAAACAUGGGGCUUGCUGAAAAUCAUGCUUGAUGAGGAUGGAACCGCAAAAUCAAAGUUGCGUACCCAUCUUGGCUUUAGUUUAAAGUCUGGGGAAAAUGAUCAACUUGUUAAUGAGCCUCAUGCUACCUCUUCUUCUGAAAUCGUGGAAGAAACUCAACAAGUGUCAGAAGGAGAAGAAGAAGAAGAAGAAGAAGAAAUCUCUGAUCAUCCAACAUUUGAUGAUGAUGCCAUCCAACGUUCAUUAAUUGUGGGAGAUUACAAAGAAGCAGUGGCUUUGUGUUUAUCUGCAAAUAAAAUGGCUGACGCUUUAGUUAUUGCUCAUAUUGGUGGUACAAGAUUGUGGGAGAGUACCCGUGAUAGAUAUCUGAAGAUGAGCAAUGCAUCUUAUAUGAAGAUUGUGUCAGCAAUGAUGAACAAUGAUCUAAUGACCCUUGUUCAGACAAGACCACUUAAAUCUUGGAAAGAAACUCUUGCUCUUAUCUGCACUUUUGCAGAAGGAGAUGAAUGGACAAGCCUCUGUGAUGCCCUAGCCUCAAAUUUGAUGGCUACUGGUUUUACUUUGGCUGCAACUUGGUGUUACAUUUGUGCAGGCAAUGUUGAUAAAACGGUAGACAUUUGGUCAAGGAGCCUUGAAAACCAAAGUGCUGGAAAAUCUUAUGCUGAGUGUGUUCAAGAUCUAAUGGAGAAGACGCUUGUCCUCACUUUGGCAACUGGAAACAAGAGAUUCAGCGCACCUCUACACAGACUCUUUGAGAGUUAUGCUGAGAUUUUGGCUAGUCAAGGACUUCUUGCAACCGCGAUAAAGUUCUUGAAAUUUCUUGACUCUGGUGAUUUCUCAUCCGACCUUUCAAUCUUGCGGAACCAGAUUGCUCUGUAUGCAGAACCUGAAACUACUAAACCUUCUGUAUUAGAAUACACUCUGCCUGAAAUCUCCAAGCCAUAUCAAAAGAAAUCUUCUCCUCCAGCACCAAUAAGCAAUCAGCCAUCCAUAACUACUUUUGUUCCUUUGAAUCCUCCUCGAGAACUAGAGAACCCUGACCAAUAUCAGCAGCAUAUCAUAGAUUAUAAUUAUUUUACGCGAUCUACGAACACAACAUAUAAUGAUCCACAUGUUCCAGACUCACAUCGAUCCAUCUCUUCACAAGAUGGUCCAUAUCUUAACACUCAGAUUCCACAAACUGUUACUCCACCAAUGAGACCUACAAUUCCAACACAGCAAGUAGAAGCUCAACCAUCACGUGUAGCUCCACCACCAACUGUUGAGACCGCAAAUACUUCCAAUGUUCCAGCCCACCAGAAGCCUAUUGUGGCUACGUUAACAAGGCUAGUUAGAGAGAUAUCUGAACGAUUAGGAGGUACUUCACGAGCUAGUCCUGCCAAGAAGCGUGAGAUAGAAAAUAACUCAAGAAAAUUAGGAACUCUGUUUGUGAAACUAAAUAAAGGGGAGAUUUCAAAGAACGCUGCUGAAAAACUCGCUCAUCUUUGUCAAGCUUUAGACAAACAUGAUUUUGGUGCAGCUUUACAAAUACAGGUGCUUAUGACAAACACCGAAUGGGAUGAGUGCAACUUCUGGCUUCCAAAUCUAAAGCAACUGAUCAAGGGAAGGCAAAAUAUGCGGUGA